GUUAUAACAACGGGAAAGUGAAUUUAAAGCAACUGAAAAGUUUGAUAUUUGAGUAGGAAACAAAAUAUUGAGAAGCUUAGUUGUAAAUAUAGGAAGCUGUGCUACAGAGUGGAUAAAAACGAAAUACAAUAUAAUAAUAUACUUCUGUGGGUUCGAAGAAAAAAUUUUGUUCCCUGGGUCGCCAUUUAGAAAGUGUAUAAAUAUACCAAUACUAAAGCAGUGCUUAUAUUAGUGGAGAGUGUGGAAUGUAAGGGUGUGAAGGAGUUGCCAUACUCAUAGACAAGAUACAUUUUGGAGAUUUGUUUCAACCCUGUAUUAUGGAUAGCUCUCCACAAAAUUGGCUCUGAAAGAAAAUAAAAAACAUAGAAAAUAAAAACAAAUUGAAAUUACUGAAAUAUCCCAUCAAGCCCAACAAGCAGUGAAGUGGAUCGGUUGUGUAUGUUUAAGUUUGAUACUUUUUUUCGGCUACAUCGUUCUAAGUGUAGAUACUAAUAAAUUUUUAAAGAAGUUGUGGUGCGUAAAAGAAUUAAAAUAAUAUUCAAAUCUGGAAUUUCAAAGGAAAAACGUAGUUGUAUUAUCACCUCUACUCGUUUCUUACAAAAAUUAUAAUCGUCGGGUCAAAUUAACUCGCUGAUAUUUUGACGAGAAGCUAAUCGGGAAAAAUUGCGUUUUUUGUUUUGUUGUUCGGGAAGUUUUUAGCAACAAUUUUGCGCGAAUUCAACAAGCAUUUAGAAAACAAGUCAAAACAAUUAAGCUGAAAACCAGAAAAAAGGAAAAAUAAGUAGAUCUGGACAAGUUAUGGAAGUAGCAUUAAAUUCGGUUGUUGCGUCUUCGACGCAUAAGUAUACCUUGUUGGAUGGAAGAUAUCCGACAUUGUUGGAAAGUAAUAAUAGUAUUUGCAACAAAAAAAUUAAUAUAGCAAAUAACGGCGUCAGUCAAAGCAUUUUAAAUUUUUUUGGGUCACCUCAGAAAUGUAGGUAUAAUGGAGGUUUAACAUCUAAUGAUGCGUAUACAUUAGAGUCACUAAUGCUUAAAAACGCACUGAAUAUGAAUAACAACAAUGACGACGUAAUCGAUGUUCACCAAUUGAUUGAAAACCAAAAAAGUCAAUAUAAAUUACUCCAGUGCAAUAAUACUGAUCUGCAGCCUAAAACUCUCCUAACAACUACAACUGACUUAUUGGCUGCUUUAAAAAUAACAAAUACAACUAACAAAAUAAUUAAAAAUAGACACAACAGUUCAAAUGCAUCGAACUUUUCGACAUCACCACCAUCAACGCCGUUAUCAACAUCGUUAACUGUAGAUACAUUAUCAACAACGAAUUCUUCAAUAAGUUCAACAUUGAAAGCAGUCUCAACUGGAACACCACCAAGCAACAACUCUGUGGUUAAUAAAGUCACCAAGAAUGGUUUACAAAUUCCGUCCGACAUACUUGAUGAUUUGGCAAGUCGUUUUAUUAUCAAUAAUCCUGAUAUGGAAUUGAGCAAUUUUAUUCGGAUUUGCUUUCAAAUUGAGUUAGCGCAUUGGUUUUACUUGGAUUUCUUUUGUGCUGCGGUUGGAGAUCAGCCCCACCAUGAAGAAUUAAGAAAGCGGAAAUUACCAACAUGUGGUAUGAAGCAGUUCGCGAUACAGAUAUUUCAGCAUAUUCCAUUUCUACGAGAACACGUAUCGUCUAUCGAUCAAAUAUUAGAUGAUUGGAAGAAUUAUAAACUCGCAGUUCCCACAUUUGGGGCUAUCUUAAUAUCUGAGGAUCUCAAUUAUUGCCUUUUAGUGCAAUCAUAUUUUGCAAAAUGUUCAUGGGGCUUUCCGAAAGGUAAAGUCAAUGAGAACGAAGAUCCGGUACAUUGUGCCACAAGAGAAGUAUAUGAAGAGACUGGCUACGAUAUUACGAAAUUAAUAGUACCAAAUGACUACAUUGAGGCUGUUAUCAAUUAUCAAUAUACACGCUUGUAUAUAGUGCGCGACGUAUCACUUGAUACGCAAUUCUCACCGCGAACUCGCAAUGAGAUAAAAUGCUGUGAUUGGUUUCCGAUUGACUCGCUACCUAUCAAUAAAAAUGAUGCCAUAUCAAAAGCCAAAUUGGGUAUAAACGCCAAUUCAUUUUUUAUGAUAAUACCAUUUGUUAAACGGCUUAAGAAGUGGGUGAAUGACAAGCGCGCGGGAAUCGAGACUAGACGUAAAUUUUCAGGUGGUGGCAGAAGCACCUCGCCCGAAUCAAUGAAUUCACCAACAUCGCAGUUGACAACAUUAACGGCAGCCGCCGGCACUACAGUAGGUGGAAGCAAUCAAAAUAGUUAUAACCAAAAGCAAACAAAUGUGAAUAAUAGCAGUAAGAAGAAUAAACAACAUACAAAUAAUAAUAAUGAUGAUAAGCAUAAAGCUUCAAAUAACAAUGGUGGCAAUAACCAUGGCGUAAAUGCCACACCAACAAGUACCAAUAAAAACAAUAGUAAUCGUUCAAAAAGACAACGCCAUAAAUCUAUGGGGGAUUUGGAUUGUAAUUCAAAUAACAAUUUUAAAAAUUCAACUCACGCAACAGCUGUUUCCGAUGACGUUGAAUCGUCGACCGAAUUAACAGUAAAGGUCGGAGACUCCGGCAACUGCAGAACGGUAUCCAACCACAAACGCAAUGGUAACCCAGCAAAACAUCUUGCUGCCGGCAGCAACAAUAACAACGGUGCAGGCUGCACUUCAUCAAAACGCCAAUUGUUUCACAGUCAAAGUCAAAAUGGCAACAACCAAAGUGGAGAAAAGAUUGUCAGCUCCUUCGAUUUGAUACGCAAAGAGAAACAACAGCAAUUGAAAGCAGCUGCUCAAGCUGAAAAAGCGGCAAAAGCACAAAAACAACAACAACAACAACAGCAACAACAACAGCAACAAUCGCAGGGCAAUGCCAAUUGUAAUAAUAGUGGACGGGUACGUGCCAAAUCGCAGGGAGAUAAAAUGUGCGUACAACAACAACAACAGCACCAACAAAAUACGAAUAAAAAUAAUAACACCAACAAUAAUAAUGGUGGCAACAACAAACAUCGUGUACAAAAACAACUUUCAAUGAUUAUUGUCAACUCAAAUGCAACAGCCAAUAAUGAUAACAACAAGAGCAAUCAUAACAACAACAAUGCCACCCACAACACUGCCACCCAAAGCACUAGAGUUGCAACAACCAGCCAAACAACACCAACGGCAACCUGCUCUGGCGUAGAGCUAUUGGCAUUUGCUGCAAAAUCAGCAGCAGCUCCCAGUAUGACCGCAGCGACGCAUUCGGCUCAGAAGCCCCGUCCGGCAUCAGUAAAUUUGCAUUUCGCCACAUCCCCAACACCGGUGACCGGACAAGCCACACAACAAUUGCAACGCAUGGCUUCGGGUACGAAUCUGCGCAUACUGAACCGCAGCACAUCCCAUCAACCACAGACGGAGCAGCAAAACUCGCAGACAAAGGCAAAGCAGUCACAACAAUUCGACAACAAUCAAGUGCAACGCCAGCAGCAAGCACAGUUGAAAUUCACACCAAGUUUCAAUUCCUGGACGAAUUUUUCAUUUACAAAGAAUUUGAUUGCAAACGUAUUUUGUUAGAAGCACACAACAACAAGUCAAUCUAGUGUGUAGAAGCAUUACUGAUUGAUUGAUUGAGUGAAGGACGAGUGAGAGGUGAAAGCGGAAUUGUAUGCAUGAUUUUUUAGGUUAAGUAUGCCGAGCGGGUGUCCCAUUGGUGGGGGGAGCAUAAGAAGUUAAAAUUCUUGUAUUUGAUAACGAAAUUUUUACGAUAUUUUUACAACGAAUAUGAGGAAAAUUUUCAAAAAUAUUGAAACGCAUGUUAUUGAAUAGCGAUUUUAUGCGAUGCAUGGUGAUAUCUGCGAUAUGCGGCAACAAUAUGUAUAUAAUGUACCAGAAAUUGAACGGACAUUACUCACAUUGAAUGAAGCACACUUAUUUGAAAUAUGCUGCAGUGAAUUUUAGCUUUUUAUGUUUUACCGCGCCAACACUACACUACGUGGCUGUAGCAGUUUUUUUUCAACUAAGUGUACCUACUACAAAACUACUACUUUAUUUAUAUUGAUUUUUUUCUCAACUAAUUUGAUAAUUUUUCUCUUCAUUUUUCAUUUUGUAAAACUGAAGCAUACAGACGAAAUUCAAGCUUGAUUUCUAAUUUCUAAUUUUAGUUUACUUACUUUACUUUAUAAUUACAAAAAUACUUUACUUUUCUUGCUAUUUUUGGGAGAAUUACGAUUUUCCAAUACUCAUACACAUAUGUAUGUGUGUGAAACCUUAACAUGUAGUACAUUGUGAAAUUUAAGUUAAUUUCCAAUGCAGAAAUUUUAGGAUAAUUAUAAAUCAGUUGUUGAAAAUGCCACCUACAAAUAGUGAGAAACCGCUAGACGACUAAUUAAUAGGUAGGCCUAAGCGUAUAUAUGUGUAGCCAUAAAUUGAUGGUGUAUAUGUAAUAAUCAACCAACCAACUCAACCAUCAUUUUCAUUCCAUCAACGCGCUCUACCAACGCCUUGUGAUAGUACAAUAAAUUUUACUUUUAGUUUUAAUGAUAAAUCAUGUAUGUACUGAAAUGUAAACAAAAAGUGCAAAGUAACUUGUCGUAUGCAGAAAUGAAAUGCCUAUUUUUGUCGCUCUAAAUAUGAACAAAAAGAAAAAUGCUCUUAUUAAGCUCUUCCAUUAGCAAUAAUGAAGUUUAAUUUCAGUACAAAUUUUCUUGCUGUUUUCAUGUGGCAUUUUUGAGCGCAAAAUAUUAAUAAUUGUACAAAUGUACCUCGAGUUGAUUGCAUUUUUUACUACUACUAAAUAUUACUCAUAUGAUUAUGUGCAACAAAUUUCCAUGAACAAGAAACACAUAUUUUUUGUUUGUGCUUUGUAAUAAUAUUCAGCUUUUACAGUUGUGAGUUCCUUUCCUUUCUAGUUUUUUAACUUUCGACAUGAGUUUAAAGUGCAAAAUUACUUAGAAUACAAAUAAAUAUUGUAUAGAAAAUGAAUGAAACGACGAACACAGCGUAGGCAUGUACAUACGAGUAAUGCGAGCAUGAAGUUUAAUUACUGUAUAGUUUGAAGUCACCCUUUACACGAACACUUGAGUUGGCUUUAAGUUGAAUGCAAACAUUUUCACACUUGAUACAAUUUCAAUCUUAAUUUUAGUUUUAGUUUUAAAUUCAACAUUUUUUAGUAUCAUUUUCUACACUUUUAAGUUAAAGAAGUGCGAAUAUUUUUUGUUAUAACAUUUAUAUUCGCCAAAACAAAACCAAAUUUAAAUUUUAUAAAUUUGGCGGUAGAAGUCAGGAGGGCGACGGGGUCGGUAUCAAAUGUGUUUACACUUUUUAUUAUUUUACACCCGAGUGCAAAUUGUUUAUUUUUUAUGCAAUGAAUUUUAAUCGUUUUGACACGCAUGCGCGCAAAUGAACGCAUGUGCUACUGUUACAACCAAACAUAAGUUUUUAAGUAUAUAGACUGGCUAAGGAUAAGGAAGUUUUUUAUGGAAAUUUUCUCUACAAAAAACAAACUUUAUUAUAAUUGAAUUCUACUUUUAUCAUUUUAGUUUGAAAAUGCAAUAAUACUAUCUAAUUUUAUUUUGUGUAUAUUUUACUGUUAAUGCUAAAAAGUGCAAGCACACUUGAUACCAAAAUGCGCCAAAUACCAUGUGUCGGUUGUGGAGAACAUUCAAACAUUUCACAUGCAAAACAUAUCGUUUGUUAAUGCUAUGCAAUAACACCUGUGUUUAUAAGACUACAUUUUAAGAUUUAGUUUUAUAAAAGAUUUUAAUUACAAAUAACAUAUAGAAUGUGAACGUGGUCGCUACAACUGGCACACGUUGAUUUGGCGUAAAAAAAAAAAACUAAAAAAUCCAAAAAAAAAUAUGCUCACUCCACACAAUUCAAAUAGUACGUAAAAUAAAACAGUCCACUCAUUAAACCAUUGGCCAAACUAAAAACCAAAAAUCCCACAUUUCGCAAUAGUUUCAUAGUGAGCAAAAUCCGACACGACAAAACGAACAUUAAAGCAAUAGAAAAAAUUUGACAAAGUACAAAAUAAAAGACGAAUUUGUUACAUACUUUAAUAAUUGACUGACGCUUUUUUAAAUUCAACUAACAAAAUAUUCAAAUAAAUUUGCAGCCAACUUUAAAUUCGAAAAAUAGUUUUUUUUAAAUAAUUUCAUUAAUAUUUUGUGCAAUUACAAGUACUUAGAUAUUCAAAGCUUUUAAUACUCUUAUUAGCAACCUUUUGCCUUUUCAAUUAAUUUCAAUUAAUCAUGUAAAUUAGCAGCAGUGCAAAUUUAGUUGUCACCUGUGUGCGUAGAAGGAGUAAAUGCUUUAAUAUUUUUUUAGGUUAAAAAUACGCGGAAAUAUUUCAGUAACACCAACACCUUGUUAACAACAAACACAUUACAUUGUAUAUCUAACAGCUAUGCGUUAAAAUUGCUUUAAGUACGUUUAUUUAAUAGUGAAUUGUUGUUAUUGAGCGUAAUUACAUGCAAUGAUGUGAUAAGCCCAAAGAGCUAAUACUUACUAUUACUAAAUUUAGAAAUUAUUAAACUCAAAUUAGUUAUACAUACCUAUAUACAUACAUAUAUAUAUAUAUGAAAAUUUAAAUUUUAAAGUUUACAUUGAUACACACAACAAACAACAACAACAACUAUUCAAAAUUGCCAGUCACUAUUACAAAAAUGCUCUAAUAAGUUACAUACAACUACUUUAUAAGAAUUGUUCCCCACUAUCGGCUUCAUUUAUUCAUUUAUACCACUAAAAUACCGUUUAUGUCUGUAAUAAUAAGUUAUUAGCAACCAGCAACUGAAAUAUUAUGUAAGUUAACUACAACGCCAUGAAGCCAUGUAAAAUUACUUUCCAAAAGUAUUUAGACUUUGUUCCUUUUUUUAACGUACAAAAAAAUAUGUUUAUGUGUAAAAAAAAUUGUAUGUAUAUAUAAACUGUUUUGAGGAGAUUGUAUUAUUGUGACACUAAACUAAACAUUGUAAACCAUUUCGAAAAAAUUCUAAAUCAUCUGUGUUAAUAAAAGUCCUUUUUUAUUUUGUACUUUCGAUAACCAAAAAAACAACAACCAACCACCUAAAUAA